GAUAACGUUUUUUCAACGCGUAAAGACUUGGGGACCGCCGUGUGUGUCGCGAACGCGGACAAAUAAUAACAAAACAAAAAUUAAAAGAAAAUAAUUUAAUUCCAUAACUUGAAGGAGUCUAGUUAGUGAGUGUUUCUUGUGAUCCGAUUUGCAAAGUCCUACAGUAAAUGUGUCAGAAUUGUCCAAAUAAAUAAACGAAAGCAAUUUGUACAAGUAAACGAAGAAAAUUUUAAUGCGAGUCCCAAAGGCAGAAAAAAGGCGCUGUCCGUCGUCAUAGUCGUAUUGGGUGUAAACGUAAAGAAAGAUUCGCAAACCCGAAAUAAAAACCAGAAAAAUCGGUUUGCCAUAUUGUGAAUCAAGUGUUCUUCGUGUUUGUUUUUUGCAUUCUUUAAAUGUUUCGCAUCCAGACGUGUUCUGGACAUACAGAUUUAUUAAUUUGAAUAAAAAUUGAAAGAAAAAUAUUAAAAAAUCCAGUUCAAUGUGCGAGUGUGUGCAGCUGUGUAAAUGAUACAAAACCAAUGCAAAAGCAACGACAACGACAACAAACGAGACAACAAAUCACUGUGAAUUUAUUGGCAAAGUGUGUUAGUGAGUGAAACCCUACAAAAAUUUGCAAAUACCACACAAAAUAUAGAACCGCCCGCUACGUCAAGCAAUAAUACAAUUUAGCAGCUACAUCUGUAUGCAUCUAUUAAAGGAAUACAAAAUCAAACAUAUUAACGAAAUCAAAAAAUAUAUACAGUCUAAAAACCAGACAGCAAAACCAUAGUGAAAAAUUAAUUAUACCUAUUAAACAAAAAAAUAAUAGAAACAAGUGAAAGUCUGUUCCAUUGCCAAUCGGAUCUAGCAUACAUUGAAAUAAAAAACCAAAACCACUCCACACCAUAUAAUCAAAUUCAUGUGCCAAAAGGAUUAACAAGAAUUCCCGAAUUCCCACGCAAGUUUGUCAAAGUGUGGUUUGUCUGCAUUGAAAAAAUAAUGGAUCUAUUCACACCAAUCAGUAAUCAGACCACAUAAAGAUUGCUGCUAUCGAAACUGAUUUACUCAAAAGCUUGCUGGCAAAAUGUCUUGAUUUUGGUAGAAGAAGAGCGUGCACGAGCCGAAAGCAAAAGUCAUAAACAUGUUGAACUCAAUGCGAAUUAGUUUAGAACGUAAGGUUGUGAUUUUCCGUAACAAUGGCAUAAGACUACUACUCUCAGAAUAACUCUGUCUCUCUCUCUCUCUCUCUCACUUUCGCUCUGAAACCUUUCCACUUGCUUUCCCUACUCACCAAUCAAAAAAAAAAAAAAAAAAACCUAUCGAAAUCAAAACACAUUACCAACAAAACUGCAGCAAGAGAAACACCUACAUAAACAAGAGAACAAAGAAGAGUGCAUUCAGCAAACGAGGAAGACGACUACUAUCAAUUCUCAUUAUCAAACAAUACUCAUUGGCACUCAGUGUGCGUGUGUUCUUCUCAUUGUUGACUGCAUUGCUCUUCUAGCACCACAUCGAAGACUCAAGACACCCACUCAAGCAACAUGAAUUCCGUUAUAUCUGCAUUUAAAACAAAAAAGAACUCCAGCCAAAAUGGCUUGGCGACACAAAAUGGCAUCAGCGCCCCCAAUGAAAAACACAACAACCUCAGCAUGAUCACGAGCAGCUUAAAUAACUCAUCGUCGAAGAAAAAGGCCGCCAUAAAUGCCCAGGACAAUGGCUAUCAGUAUCUGAGGCAUAUACGAGAAAUCGAUACGGCCACCAAGCUGUUGUCGCCGGUGGUAAUGCCAGACGACUUGCUGGAAACGGAUAUGCUGAACUUUAGACCGGCCUCGGUGACACCGGUUGUGCCAGUGUCGCCCUCAGCUGUGGCCGAUGGUAUUGAUGUUGUGGACCAUGUUCCUUUGCAAACGCUUAGAUUGACGCCGCCCAUUGAGCCAGCGAAUGCCACAGACUGCAAUAUGAAUGGCAGCAAGUUGUUGGGCGAUAUUUCAGCGACGGCCUUGGAAAAUGGCAACGAAACAUUGGAGGAGCAUUGUGCCACCGCCCUCACUAAUGGGCAGCAGAGUUUAAGCAAUAGUCCAACGCAGCAUUUGGUUGAAGCUGAGGACGAUGAAUCGGAGCAUUCGACCGCCAACUGUACCAGCACCACCAGCAGCAGCUCCAGCGAUCAGAGCAACAGCACGGUUGUUCACAGUCCCAUAGCACCCACAGCAGCAGCAGCAGCAGCCGCUGCAACUUCCGCUUCGACUUCCACCUCACAACUGCAACUGACACAUCCAAGUCCCGCCAAAAGUCUGAAUUUGAGUCUGAGUAGUAAUACAUCAUUAUCACUGUCAUCGUCAAUUUCGGUAUCUUCCAAUUCCACCAAUUCUUUGGCACUUUUAAAUUCCGGUCCAAGUUCGUGUUCAUCAUCUGCCACCGGUUGCGAUGUAUCCGGCAACGAGUACUCGCAACCCUCAUCGCCCACCAUGGUCAUUCGGAAUGCCGCAACGGACGCAGAGUACGUUCCGGCUUUCCUCAAAACCAGCAACGUCACAUUGCCCAUCAUCAUGCCUAACAGCAACAGCAGUCUGGCCUCAUUGCCACCCAAUCAACAGACAGUGGCGGCCAAUUCGGCGACCACAACACCCAAACACACACGCUACUCGAAGCCACGUCUGAGCCUGAGUCGUUUCAUAAAUCACUCAAUGCCCUCGGUGCAUGGUAGACCCAACUUGAGCAUAGCGAGCGGUGCCGCGGGUAGUUGUGCCGGUCUAAAUGGCCAAUCGGGAACGGCAGCAGGCGGAGCAAAUCCCCCCAAAAGGACAUCAACACAUCAAAGAAAUUUGAGCUUGGAUUUUAGAUCUAUGGGAAUUUUAUUGCCACCUGUCUCUCAAGUGACUAACACCCGCAUCAAUUUAACUCAACACCAUCGCAAUCGCAGCUUGGAUAGUGCUUUGCAGAGAAUACCUGAGGUUGAAGUCUCUUCACCCAAUGCCGAGAGUGAGAAUACAUUUUGCACACCAUCCAUACUUGGGUCAACAAUGUGCUCGAAAAUUGUAACGACAGCGGCGAAUGUGACGGCGGCGUUAACAACCACCCAAACACCCGCACUGACGUCAUCAUCAACAAACACAGGGCUAAAUGCAGCAUCAGCGUCGUCGACAUCGGACGCCUGUGCGGAUGUAGCCAACGCCAUGGAAUUUGUAUCCACAACCGAGCCGAUGGGUAUAAUGGCAACACAGGCUAGCCUAGCUGCAGCCGCAGCCGCAGCGUCAGCGUCAUCUUCAUCACCAGGAGGAACGUUAAUUGGAGCGCCCCCAGGAGAAACAGGAGUAGUAACAUCACAACACAACAAUAUUAGCAGCAGUGUCAUAGAACCAUAUUGCCCCGCAACUCGUCCGCGACCUAAAUCAUCGGAUUCCGCAACAUCAUCAGCAACAACAGUACAACGAGCUGCCUCCUCAGCAUCUACCGCCUCGUCUACGGCAUCAUCGUCGACGAACUCUUCAUUUGUAAGCAGUUCGCAUAACGUUUUGGCCGUAAUCAAUGGCCCAGUUGCAAAUGGUGGUAAAAAACGGGAAGAUCUAACUAGUUUGGGUUCGGACGAUUCGGGAAUUAUUUGCGGCUCUGAUUCAGAUCAGAUUUCUUUGAAUCGCAUUCGGCAUUCGCACGAAUCGUUAGAUUCCGGUGAAAUGGACAACGAAGAAGAGUGCAUUGAUAUGUUGGAGACCAAUUCAAUGGAUGAGGAAUACAAUAUGCUGCAAUCGGAUUUAUGUUUCUAUCAGUCGCCCGAAACUGACUGUCGCACGUUACGACCAUCAAAGAAAAACAAGGCAAGUAGACAGUCGGCGGAGCGUGAGGUUAAAAAAUCAACCACGGAAAGUCCUGCUGUUGGCGAAAUAUCCGCUUCGGUUGUAAACGAUGCGGACACGUUAAGCGAACGCCAGCGUUACAGGGACAUGAAUAUGUCUCAGGCUGCCAUUACUUUGGAAAAGUGUAAAGUUCCAGCGGACACAGGCAUAGGCAAUGCGACAGAUUCCAGCGAUGUGGUCGAUUGCCCAACGCCAACGGCAAACCAAAACUCCAAUGCUAGCGCCGCCAAAACUCCUUCCACUCCCAUAGAGUCGUCGAAGAACGAUGUUUUGUUUAAGAAUUUCUUUGGUGCCACCAAAAAUGCUAUUUUCCGCACUGCUCAAAGCAUUAUUGAGAAUCACGAGAAGAAGAAUGCUUCGAAGCAAAGUCAAAAAUCUUCAGAGGAUACUGCUGCAAGUACGUCCGCAUCAACGCCCACAGAGCAAAUUAAAUCACCCACUGACAUUUCGAAGAAGAAAGAGUUUUUUGGUCUACUCUCAACAAACGCCAGCAAAAAGGCUGCUUUGGCAGCGGCAGCUGCUAGCAGUUCUGCCACAAAUUCUCCUGCUACCACCCCGCUGGCGCCUGUUGGGCCCACGGACCAAUCAUCGCAUUCAAUUGGUGGUGAAAAGUCGUCCAGUGAGAAGGAAAAUGCUUCCGCCGAUUGUUUAGAGAAGACAUUAAGUCUACAAGUACCUAAUGCCGCAACAGCCUUGUCCACCACCUUCACUUCCAACUCUUCGAUAUCUAAAUCAUCUUCCAUAUCAUCGUUGAACAAGCUCAAAGUACCCGGUGUCGUUAAGUGUUUUAUCAAAGAGCGUCCUAACAAUUUGCAGGAAGCAAAUCAACAAAAGACUGAAAAAGGUCCCAGUGGACUGUUGAGAUUUUUUGAAUCACCAGUUUUUAACAUCCAUUUCGCAAUUCAUUAUCUCUUCUACUCAAAGGAACCUGGCGUUUUAAGUUUUAUUGGCAAUAAAAUUUUCAGUUUUCCCGACCAGGAGGUGGACCUUUAUAUACCGCAACUAAUUGUCAUGUACAUACAAAUGGACGAAUUAGCCGAAGUGUUAGAUCCCUAUCUGACUAUUCGAUGCCGAAAGUCGGUAGACUUCUCACUAAAGUGCCUUUGGCUAUUGGAGGCCUAUAAUUAUCAGCACAUUGAUACCAUGGGCUCCCGAAAGUCGCAGCUGGCAUUAAUGAAGGAGAUCUAUUCGAAGAAGGAGCGCAAGCAACUGACGAAACCCGAGGCGAAGGAACUGGUCCUCCCCACCAGUGGGACCAGCGUAGUUGUAUCACCGAUUACGAAGAAAACCCAUCAUAGAUCCCAAUCCGAUGCCACAGUUUUACUCGCUGACUCGCGUAGAAACACUUCGAGCUUGAGUAUAGCAAACCGUCUGUACCAACAGCCACCAUACACGACACAAACCUUGCCCGCUACACCCGCCAAAUUAUGCUUGGGAGACCUCACUUCCGGCCGAGCCUUCGACAAUGGUUGUACUUGUUUCGAGACGGUAAGAGGACAAGUGAACGAUCUCUUGGGCCAUAAAACUGUGUGUUCCUGCAACGCUCCGAAAACAGCACCACAAAAGGAGUUCAUGAAAGCUCUCAUGAAUGUGGGCAAGAACCUCACCAAUUUGCCCUCGAAGGCCGAGAAAACAUCAGCGCUGCGAAUGUUUUUGAAUUUAAUCAAUAAAAACCUACCCGCUCGGGUUUGGUUACCUUUGUAUUCUGACAUUCCACACCAUGUUGUACGUAUUACAGAGGAGAAGACUGCUGUUCUAAACUCAAAGGAUAAAACUCCCUACAUCAUCUAUGUGGAAGUAGUAGAAGUGCCUGACAUCUACUCCUCCUCGCUUAUACCCAAAAUGAUGCCCUCGCUGAGGCACACAAAGUCUGAGGAACAUUUGGAGGUGGGAGCGGGAUCAUGCCAACACAACCAUAACAAUCAGCAACACGCCACAUGCAGCCGUACAUCCAGUUGCAGCAGUCACAAUUCCAGUUGUCGACGUAAGAAGGAAAAGCUUUUAUCGGAAUCAUCGACCGAUAACAAUGGCGCAGAGCAUCAGCAUCAGCAGCACCAGCCAUCACAACAACAUAUGCAAUGUGGUGGAAACAACCUGCUCUCACCGCCUCAACUUAACGAGGAUGAUGUCUGGUCCCAGGAAGAUGAUGAAAUAACAGCCCAAUAUCUGCACAUGCGUAAAAUGCGAGCAAAUUCCGAUAGGGAUGCCAUAUCGCAAAUGUCACUGGAUUCGUGUGAUUCCAGAGACCAAGGUAUGCCAGUUUUAUUCAACAUUGGAGAUGUCCGUACCCGCCAUUGUAAUAAUUUAAGUUGCGAAAAUACGAAAUCAUUUAGCAAUGAUCCUGAAGAUCCUUCUGCGGCGGCGCUUAAGGAACCUUGGGAUGAGAAGGAGAAACAGAUUCGUGAAUCAUCCCCCUACGGGCACUUAUCCAACUGGCGAUUGCUAUCGGCCAUUGUCAAAUGUGGUGAUGAUCUGAGGCAGGAGCUAAUGGCCACACAGCUGUUGCACAUGUUCAAAAUAAUAUGGCAGGAGGAACAUGUUGAUCUCUGGGUUCGCCCCUACAAAAUCGUGUGUCUCUCCAAUGACAGUGGUCUUAUAGAGCCAAUUCUUAACACGGUGUCACUGCAUCAAAUCAAGAAGAAUUCAAAUAAGUCAUUGAGAGACUAUUUCAUUGAUGAGUAUGGGCCAUCCGACAGUGAUGCCUUCCGUUUGGCCCAGAAGAAUUUCGUUCAGAGUUGUGCAGCAUAUUGCUUGAUAUCGUAUUUAUUGCAAGUCAAAGAUAGGCAUAAUGGCAACAUCCUGCUACACUCUGAUGGCCACAUCAUUCAUAUUGAUUUCGGUUUUAUUCUAAGCAUAUCACCUAAAAACUUGGGUUUUGAGCAAUCGCCUUUUAAAUUAACGCCAGAAUUCGUGGACGUCAUGGGCGGUACAAAUACUGAACAUUGGCGAGAAUUCAAUCGUCUGUUAUUAGUGGGCAUGAUGACCGCCCGCAAGCACAUGGAUCGCAUUAUAAACUUUGUCGAAAUAAUGCGAAGCAAUGCUCAAUUACCUUGCUUCAAGAAUGGCUGUUCCGGCACCGUACAGAAUCUCCGCAAACGUUUCCAUAUGAAUUUAACCGAACAGGAAAUGGAACGCAAGGUAGAGCAGUUAGUCCAGGACUCAUUGAAAAGUUUGUCAACAAAGUUAUACGACGGUUACCAAUAUUACACCAAUGGCAUAUUGUGAGAAAGGUUUUUCAUGAAAAUCUAAAUACAGGCGACGACCGAUCGAUAGAGCAGGUGUUUCUCGUUGGUAACACCACCACCGCCGCCUGCUCUUCUUCUUCGACACGAUUCAAGUUUGUGUUUUGUGUAAAUAUAGUCUAAUGCUAAAACAAUUUAUAAUACAAAAUAAAAUUAAAAAUAUAUAUUUAAAAAUUCAAGAGAAAAUUACAUGUUAAAGAACAAGCAAAAAUAUUACAUAUAUAUUAAUUAUACACACCUAUGUUUGUUUUUUGUCUUUAAUAUGAAACAAAAUCAAAACGAAAAAAAAAAUGAUAUACAUACAUAUAUAUAUAUAUAUACAUUAAACUAUUAUCUUUAUGUUAUUUCUAAUGCCCAACUAGUUUAAACUUUAUUACUUUUUUAAUGCAAGAGAGAAAAAAAAACAGAGAAAAAGGUUCAAAGUGAACUCAAACAAACCCACUUUGAGUUUGUGCGAGCAGAAAUAGACUAACUUUUGUAAUAUACUUGAUAUGAUGAUUUAUGAUCACCCAAAGGAGAGAAGAGGAGAGAAAUAUUUUUUUAUAAUAAAAAAAAUUAAAAUAGCAUUAAUUUAAAACCUGUACUUUUAUUUUAUGCGCAACACUUUUGUUCUCUGUGUUGUGUUGUUGUAACAAUGUAAUGUAAGCAUAUACGUUUUCAAAUACUAUUUCUAAACCUAUUUCCAAAAAAAAAAAAAAUCAAAAAUCAAAUCUUCAAGAGAGAAGACAGAAAUUCGCCUGUUUAGCACACAGGCCAGCUGCGAAGAUGAUGAGCUGAUGAUUAUAUAUGCAACCUUAUUCCCGUUGUCGAAGGCGAAAGUCGACAGCAAAUUUCACAAUUCGUGGUAUUCUGUAACCCAUUCGCCUUCGUAUUGUGGUACAUAACAAAAUAAUAUAAAAGUAGGCUUCAAACUCUUUCGACAAACAGGCACUUAGAAGUUUAGAGUACAAUUAACUUAUCGAUCGAUGAUUUUCGUCAAAUUUAACUUUUGAAUUCGUCUUUAGUGUGAUACCAAAACUAAAAAACAAAUCGUCUUCAAUGACCGUAAUAGCAUUUUGUAAAAACUAAGCAAUUCGACUACGCCAUCGCUAACCGGAAUGAGGGUGUGAUUAUAAAAACAAAUAAAGAAAAAAAUAAUUCUUAAAGAAGUAAACACAAAAAAAAAAAUGAGCGAGAAAGCAAGAAAGCUAGUAAUAUAAUUAUAAUAGUACCAUAAUACAUGAAUGAUAUUUUUAAUGCCUUUAUAUGUACGUGUCCGUUUUGAUUAUAUUAUAUAUAAAUAUAAAUGUGUUCUUUUGUUAACAUUUAAAAUGUAUGUAUCUUAAAUAUACAAAAUGCAAAAAACAAAUAAGAAAAACAUUUUUUUUAUUACAUCCCCAACUGAUUGUUGCUAUUCAAGUUACCGAUAUUCAAAUCUCCCCCAUCCCAACUGAAAAAAUAACCCCCCAAAGAAAUCGUAAAAUUGCACCACAUUUCUUUAUAAUGAAGAUUUAUUAGCUAAAACCAAUAUGCUAUGGAUAAAUACGAAAAAAAUAUAUGAAAUUAUUUAAUUAAUUAAUCAAGCUUAACACUUAAAGUGUUUCCCAUUUUUUGUAUAGAAUAAUCCUAAAUAAAAUAGAAGAAAAUACACUACUGAAACAGAGCUACAACAACCCCCCCUAGCAUACGUAUUCGGAAAUUAUUAUAAUAUGACUAUUAUUUUACAUAAAACUAGCUAUCUUCUAUAUACUACACACACACACACACACACACACAUACAUAAAUAAUUGUAUGUAUAUUAUUACAAGCAUUGUAUAAAAGCAGCAAGCAACUCCCCAGAAGACAAACACAACGGAACAUUUGAUUAAAUGGGUAACAAAAAAAAAACAAAAAAAUCAUUAUUUGUAAGACUUACAUUUAAAUUAUAGCAUACAUACGACAUUAAAACAUGAUUAAAACAAAUGCAUCCCAUAAAGUAAUCUAAAAACAUACCUAGUAAUAAAUACAUACAUACAAACAAAUAUACAUACAUCAUCCAUCAUUCGAGAUACAAAAGGAAUCAAGAAGAAUUUUUUUAUUUGCUUAUAUGAUAAAUUAAUACUUACCAGAAAACAAAAAAAAUAUAUAAGUAAAAUGUUAAAUCAAAAGGAAA